AUGGUUUGGGCCUCCAGGAAGGUAGCAAAAAGGUUUUUAGAGAGUGGGAUUGUAGGAUGGCAGCAAGGGGAUGCUGGUGCUAGCAAAGGGAUGGCGAGACAUUGCCCGAACAGCGAGAAGGCUGACUGCCUUGGGCUUUGGCAGCAAGGAAGAUGGGGCUGGGCUGCGGAGAGGAAUGAAGAGGACUCGGACGGAAAAAGAGCUGAUUGUGGAUUUCAGUUGCUCUUGCUCACUCGUAGGAAAUAUACUUUAAAAAUUGAAGUGAAGCCAUUGGGUAUAAUCUCUCUUCUGGACGAAGCUUGUAUGUUUCCUAAAUCAACAAAUGAGUCAUUUACAACAAAGCUUUUUCAAAGCUUCCGUAAUCAUUCAAGAUUGGAAAAACCAAAAUUUUCAGAGACAUAUUUUACUGUUUCCCAUUAUGCUGGAAAGGUUACUUAUCAAACAGAUACAUUUUUAGAUAAAAAUCGAGACUAUGUUGUUGCGGAACAUCGCAGUUUGCUUUCUUCCUCCAAAUGUCAUUUAAUUUCUGGGCUUUUUGCGUCAUUUUCGGAGGAUGCUUUAAGAUCAUCAUAUAAAUUUUCUUCUGUCGCUUCAAGAUUUAAG